CAAUAUCCACAAAUAAUGAACCUUCAGCUUCCACAGAUCAUCUCCAUGAUCAAUUUUCAAUAUUCAUAAAACUGAAAAAAGUCACUUGUGAAUCUUGAUCUAUAAUUUUUUUUUAUAAAAACGAUUUUUUUUCUCUUGAUAUCUUCUCCUAAACUACAACCAGAUAACUCCAAUCAACAGCUAUUUAAAUACAAUUUCUUAUUCUCCCAACUCAGAUUCCUAGAUAUUCAUUUUCAUCUUUUUCUCUGUUCCCAGUUUCAACUGAGUCAAAAACCAACUUCUUUAAUUUUCUCCCAGCUAUGGCGUCUCUUGGAUUGGCUCAAAGAAUCAGAAUUGGACUUGAUGGGAACUCGGGUGUUGAAUUCCCGAUGAUGGGUCGGUUGAAUUUCGGUAAAAAACGAGUUGGGUUCAGAGUUAUGGCCUCAGAGGGCCAGUCUGUGGAGCCCGAUCUAAGUGUAACUGUUAACGGGUUGAAAAUGCCUAACCCAUUUGUUAUUGGGUCGGGUCCACCAGGGACCAACUAUACAGUGAUGAAGAGAGCCUUUGAUGAAGGCUGGGGUGGUGUUAUCGCCAAAACGGUGUCUUUGGAAGCAGAUAAAGUUAAAAAUGUGACCCCAAGAUAUGCUAAACUAAGAGCAGAUGCAAAUGGUUCUGCCAAAGGACAAAUUAUUGGGUGGCAGAAUAUUGAACUCAUUAGUGAUCGACCUCUGGAAACAAUGCUGAAAGAGUUCAAGCAAUUGAAAGAAGAGUAUCCAGAUAGGAUACUUAUUGCUUCUAUCAUGGAAGAAUACAACAAAGCUGCUUGGGAGGAACUUAUUUACAGAUGUGAGGAAACUGGAAUUGAUGCCUUUGAAAUCAACUUCUCGUGUCCCCAUGGUAUGCCAGAACGUAGAAUGGGUGCUGCUGUUGGUCAAGAUUGUGAUCUCUUGGAGGAGGUUUGCGGAUGGAUCAAUGCUGUAGCCACAGUUCCAGUUUGGGCAAAGAUGACCCCUAAUAUCACCGACAUUACCAAGCCGGCUAGGGUGGCUCUUAACCAAGGGUGCGAGGGGGUAUCUGCUAUAAAUACAAUCAUGAGUGUAAUGGGAAUCAAUCUUGACACCUUGAGGCCCGAGCCUUGUGUUGAGGGCUACUCUACUCCUGGAGGCUACUCAUCAAAGGCAGUGCACCCAAUUGCCCUAGCAAAAGUAAUGGACAUUGCACGGAUGAUGAAGUCAGAAUUUGGAGAUAAGGACUAUUCACUCUCUGCUAUUGGGGGAGUCGAGACAGGUGGUGAUGCUGCUGAGUUUAUUCUUCUCGGAGCAGAUACUGUACAGGUUUGUACUGGUGUCAUGAUGCAUGGAUAUGGACUUGUGAAAACGUUGUGCUCUGAGCUGAAAGAUUUCAUGAGAAAGCACAAUUUUUCAUCAAUAGAAGAUUUCAGAGGAACGUCACUUGAGUACUUCACGACUCACACGGAUUUGGUGAGAAGGCAGCAAGAAGCAAUACGUCAAAGGAAAGCGGUUAAGAAAGGUUUACAAUCAGACAAAGACUGGACAGGAGAUGGUUUCGUGCAAGAAACUGAAAGCAUGGUUUCCAACUAGACUUGUAAACCUCUAAAUGCACUUCUCAUCUCAUAUUGUAGAUCAUGAAUAAAUCAAUCUCUUUCAUAUAUCUGACUGGAUUGGUGUAUAGUGACUUUGACCUCUUUCUUGUGCUU